AUGCUCGAACGCGCGAAUGCUUUGUCACCAUUCUCUCGCGCAACCGGAAUUCUGGAUAAUGGCUGCGGGCCGGGGCCUGUUAUGUCCCACGUCAUUGAUGACUACGGCUGUGUGAUACCCAAGGAGUGCAGCCUCACCUGUGCCGACUUUAGCGAAGGAAUGAUCAGGCAGGUUAUGGGCAUCAAGGAGAGCGCCAAUGCCGACUCGCUCUGGAAGAAGGUCGAUGCAAAAGUGCAGAACGCCAUGAACUUGACCGAAAUCGAAUCCGACAGCCAAAGCCACGUCACAGCCGGCAUGGUCUACUUCAUGACCCCAGAUCCAAUGCAAUGCUUAAAGGAGACCCGUCGUGUCCUCAAAACCAAUGGUGUGUUGAGUGUUUCCGCCUGGGAAGGCUCGCAAUGGUUGGAACUGAUGAACCUUCUGCCGAAAGUACGUCCAGACAAGAAGGUGCCGACAAUGCCAGAAGCCUGGACGAGUGCCACGGGGUUGAAAGGAGAGAUAAUGAGAGCCAGAUUUCAAGAGGUCGAGACUCACCAAGUCCUGGUUGAGCUGAAAUUCCAGAACCGUGAGAGCUUUGCCGACUUUUUGUGCACGAAGCUGCCGCACAUGAUUGCGCUGACGAAGGACAUGAGCGAGGAUGAGGUAAUCAAGUUCAAGGAAGUGAUGGUGGAGGAGAUGAGAAGGAUGACGUCCUCUGAGCCGGGAAAGCUGAAGGGAGUGGCGCUCAUUGGUGUUGGGAAGAAGUGA